CCCGCCAUUUCUCAUUUUGGUGGUCCAGAACGCUAAAACCCUAGCAGGAAGAAAAGAACUCCCCUUUCUUGCUUCGUGUUCCACUUCCACCCGCGCCUUCCUCCGGCAAGUAGAGAACCCAUACAAGCCCCCGUAUUGUCGCAUAGUCAUCCUGCGGCGUCGCCCUCCUCCUUUCCCACUCCCACCGGUACGUAUUCGCGGAGUGGCGGUCCUUCUGGACCGGAUCGAUUUCGUAGCUUGCUCCGGCGGCGGAUUGUUCUGCCAAAUCUGAUGCUUAACAUUAAGUUAGCUGGGGAUUUGUUUCUUGCCCGGUAACCUGUUACUCGUAAUAUAAUUUGAAUCUUCAAUCGGUGCUUCGACUAGGUUCUUCUUGACCUCUCGAGAUCAUUCUGCCCAAGGUGCUCGAUCCCCAGACCAGCGAUAGGGAAUGUUGAAGACUGUUUCUGUGAGAUUGUCGCGAGAUGACAGUCUCCGGCCAUGCCAAGCACUGCUGUCUCGGUAUUCAGAAACUGUUGUCCCUUUGAUUCGGAGGUUUUGCUCGACGCCCAUUAAGGUUGAGGAGGUCGCCAACAUCGAAGCUGAUGGAAAGGUCUCAUAUCUGGAUGCCGCUGCUCUGCCCUGCGACAACUCUGACUGUCGUGGUGAGCCCAGUCAUGGCAGCAGGCCAUGGACGAAACGGUUGAAGCAUUAUGGACCUUCUCAGAAGGGAAACCGUAACCAUCAUGAAACGAAACUGCCAGGCAGUGGCAGGGAUGGAUCUUCUAGGAAGGGCAGCCACCCUCAGAAGGGUAAAACGAAACUGCCAGGCAGUGGGAGGGAUGGAUCUUCUCGGAAAGGUAGCCACCAUGAAACAAAAUUGGCAGACAGGGAUGAACUUAUUCAGAAGGGAAGUCAUCAUGAAAAGGAAUUGGCAGACACACCCUUCAAACCUUUUCUUUUCCAGAUUGUAUUGGAUACUUCUAUGAGUUCUCUUAUGCCUGUACUUGACGGAUGGGUGAAAAUCGGUAAUCGUCUGGAAAGAGAUAAAGUCAAUAUGGUUUUGUUCCAUCUGAGGAAGCAGAGAAUGUAUAACAAGGCUCUGAAGUUUGUGGAGUGGAUCGAAAGAAGAAAACUAUUAAAUUUUGAAGAACGUGAUUAUGCUAGCCAUCUGGAUUUGAUAGCACGGAACUAUGGUGUUGAAGCUGCCCAAAAGUACAUCGAGAGGGUCCCAGAAGCCUUCAGGAGUGAGGUGCUUUAUGAAACUCUGCUUGUUAACUGUGUAUGCCGUGAUGAUGCCCAGAAGGCAGAGCAAGUCUUCAAUGAAAUAAGGGAACUCUCUUUGCCUUUAACUAUCUCUGCUUGCAACCAAAUGUUAUUGCUGUACAAGAGGGUUUCUCGAAAUAAGGUGGUUGACAUUCUCACAUUGAUGGAAAAGGAAAAUAUAAAGUAUUCUAUAUUCACCUACAAGCUCAUGAUUGACUUAAAAGUGCGAUCAAAUGACAUAUUAGGCAUGGAACAAGUCUUAAAUUCUAUGAAAGAAAAUGGUCUUGAGCCAAAUUUUACCAUCCAGACUAUGGUUGCUAAAUUCUACAUAUCUGGGUGCUUUACAGAGAAAGCAGAAGAGGUUAUCAAUGCUAUGGAGGUACAUGUAAAGGCUAAUCGUCAUGCCGUCAGGUCUCUUCUUGACCUCUAUGCUAUUCUUGGAAGGCCAGUUGAUGUAGAGAGAGUAUGGAACUUGUGCGCUGAACCAAAGUUGGAGGACUUUUUGGCUGCAAUUAAGGCAUGGAGUAAACUUGGACAUAUCGAAAGAGCGGAAGAGAUCUUUGACGUGUUGGUAAAGACGUUUCCGAAACUCACUUCCAAGUACUUUAAUGCUAUGUUGGAGGUGUAUGCGGAAAAUAAACUUCUGGACAAAAGCAAAAAGUUUAUAGAAAGGAUGUGUUUGGAUGGGUGUACAAUCGGCCCUCUUACCUGGGAUGCAGUUGUCAAGCUUUAUGUGAAUUUAGGCGAGUUGUCAAAGGCCGACUCGUUUCUGAUGAAUGUCACAGAAGAUAAUCCUGACAGACAUCCCCUUUUCAGCUCAUAUGUAAUCUUACUAAAGGCAUACGCAGAAAAGGGCGAUAUCCAUAACGCGGAGAAGAUAUUUGAUAGGGUAAAGCAGACCAACUUCCCUGCAAGAACUCUGCCCUAUAAUUUGUUACUUGCAGCUUAUGCCAGUGCCCAGGUUACACCCUAUGGGUUCAGAGAGAGGAUGAAAGCUGACAAGUUCAGCCCGGGCAAGAGUCAGAUCGAACAACUGAAGCAACUCGACAGCUUGUAGAAAGCAGGCAAAUCCAGAUUGAUUUUCUUCCUUUUCACCCCUUCACCGUGACCACAUGGAACAUUUUCCUUGCAAAGCAGUUAGACUGGAAUAGAAGAAUCUACCAGGAUGCAUUUGUUCUUUCAGCAUGAAUUCUGUGCACCUUGGUAUGCUUGUUUUGCAGGUUGAUCAGAGUUUUAGGCGAGUUGCUAGCCGGAAGUAGACACUUCUGAUGGUAUAUUAUCUGAUUAGCUUCGUACUCCUAGCUAAUAAUAAAUUGAGGGAAAUGGAAACAAGUAUUUUUUGGGUUUA